GAGAGGAGCGUGAAGUGCUUACAUACUUAAACAUACAUUUUUGUUUUAUAAGAUGACAUUUCAUGAUAAUAAAGCCGGCAGAAUUGGAAACGGGUAAGAUUGAUAGUGCUGAUACAGGCGGGUAAACCGAAGGAGAGUGACGGGAGAAGAGACUCUUCGUAAAAAAAAAAAAGCACAUCGUGGGACGCAGGAGGAAUACCUGAGCCCUCGGAAAGAAGAGAGAUGAAUUUAAAUGACUUUGUGGUGCUUCCUAACAACAAGGCCAAAUCCGUCAAGCUCAAUGCCAGGAACCUGCAAGUGCUGCAGAUGGAGACGGUGUCGCUGGCCCACGAGAGCAAAGAGAUGGAGGAGAAACUGCAACAGCUGAAGGAGAGCAUGAUUAAAGAGAAGGAGGAGAGAGGGCAAUCUGGAGGGUUUAGGUGGAAGUCUGGACAAAGCGGUUCUUUAAACAGCAACAGCACCAAGAAGAACAAGGAGAACCGGCUCCAAAAGCUGUCAGCAGGAAAGGUGAAGAUCCGGGUGCUGAAGGAUGAACCUCCAACAGCCCCUCCUCAGCCACCACCUUUACCCUCCACCAUUGGUCUUCGGACGACGAGAAAAAGCCGACUGAGGGGAACACACUGUGGACAAUGUGAAGUCAAGACUGCAGGAAUAAUGUGUGCCGAAUGCGCAGAGGACUACUGCAUUGGCUGUUUUACCAGGUUCCACCAGAAGGGGGCACUGAAGCUCCACAGGAUGAUCCCCAUUCAGACGGACUUACAGACCCAUGUGAGCGCUCGAGAAGUUGUCCGCCGCUUCCAGAACAAGAUUACCCCUGGCCCCGCUCCCAGUACCAGCGCAAAUCCUAAUGCCAAUCCGAGUCCCAAUUCCAAAUCAGCUCCCAAUCAAACGUAUUCAUCCAAUUCAUUCACAAGAAACGGAGAUCAGAUCCCAGAAAAAGGACCAGAUGCUGGGGCACAAUAUAUGCAAUUUCCUCCUGAACAUAGCCAGAUUUUGGCUGUUGAUCAAGGAGAGGAGAAAAGGGUGGAAAUGAUUGAAGACAGGGAGGAUGGGGAAGGAUUUCCCACCUCUCUUCUGACAGGAGAGUACAAUGAGGAGGAGUCUACCAGAUCUUUUCAGGAAGCUCUCAGACAAUGGAGAGGUGAUGAAGCAGCAGAAACCACGACUGAGGAGGCAAUGUGGAUCCCCAUCCGACCAGUAUCUGUGUCAGCUAUGGCGACCCAGGCUGACCUCGCUCCAGUCAGAGGAGCUGGAGGAGGAGGAAGAGGAGAAGGAAGUGUACCUGUCAGGGUGGAGUUCACAGAAAACAGCCUUACCUACAUUGACAGACUCCUUCUCAAGAAGCACCGCAGGACACCAAUCAAAACUUAUCGUCCAUCGUCAGCCUCUGGUAACGAUUCAAAAUCACAACCUAACAUAAACACUGUGGAGGAGCCUGCAAGCAGCCUAACAGCUCAAGAGGAGGAUUUCCAUCGCUACUGUGCAUCAUUGUUUGCCGACCCUGUCAGCAGUGGCAGGCCUGAGCCUCAGAUUACCCAACCUGAGUCGUGCCUUGUCAUACAAGUCCUGGAUGAGAGAGAGGAGGAAGACAUACAUGGACUUUCUAUUGCUCAACAGAGGACAGACAACAACAGAAAGGUUCCUUCUGUUCAGCAGCCCCUUAGUAAGGGAACACUGCUGACCCAAACGGCUAUUAUUAACAGCGGGUCCUCAUUAGUCAGCUGCUCUUCUCCCUGUCCAGCCCUUCCAUCCAGGCAAUUUACAGCACCAACACCAGCCAAAGGAGCUAAGAGCCUCCAUCUAUCCAGGAAUCAGACUUCCCAACCAGAGCAUUUGACAAAAUCAUCGUCCUCUAAGAGUAAGCCAUCAGCAUGCCCCACUGCUCAGACUUCAAAGACAUCGAUCAAAACACAGCCGUCAAAAAAGCCCAAUUGCCCACCCAAAGUCCAUGAAUCAAAACCUGACCUUGGAUCAAUUCAACAUUUGUCCUCUCCCUCACCAGCACAUUCCCAAACUCAGAUCCUGAAACCCUCACUUUCCCCUGUCUUGUUUCCACCUGAUGUUUCUCCUGUGACUGUUAACAGACCUCCAAUACUAGAACACCAUCUUUCCCCUUCUCCGUCCAUUUCCUUCUCCCUAAGGUCUACAUUCGAAGUCUCACCAUCAAGCUCCACUGAGUCAAUCUUAUUGCCUAAAGUUCACCAAUCAACUCCAAUACAGAAAGGCUCCGAUGUAUCUCUGUUGCCAGAACAAUCCCAAUCUUCCCAGUUGUUCCCAGAAACAAUCUCAUCACCGAAGCUUUCCCAAUCAUUACGAAGUAAUCAGUCCUCAAGGCAAUCCCAACAGUCCCGCUUUGACCCAGAGUCUCUUUUAUCAGACAAUCAACUCCAGCUGCCACCUGGGUCUUGCAGUUCAACCCCCCCACCAAAAUAUCUUGCACUAAGUCCAGCUGUGAAAUAUUUAUCAAACAAGUCCCCUGUAGAUGCAUUUUCUAGUCAUGGACAAACUCCAACAACAGAGGAUUCUUCAGUUUUUGAGUACUCUACCCCUAUCUCUGUGGACCAUGAAUCAACUCUGGAUAGACUUCCAUCACAUUUCAUGGAUGGCAUCCAGAAUUAUCCUUUAAAUGUGAAACUGGAGGAGGAGGAGGAGGAGGAGGAGGAGCUUUCAAUAGACAGCGGUGAUGAAAUGUCCAGUGAUAGCCUGGGUCUGGAUCCACAUGAGGAAGAGUCUUCAGACGAAGAAGUGCAGAUGCACAGACGUUUAACGAGAGGCAGAACCAGAGAGGGAAAGGAAGGGAAUCCUGCCACGUCUCAUUCUGAAGAUCCCUUUGUUCUUGAAGACCCACACAAAGGAAAAGAUCUGCAGACCGAUGAGCAAGAACAGCUGUCAGAAGAAUACGUGCUCAGAGACACGCCAGGCAGUGGUGUUAAAGGUGCACCCCAUUGA